CUUAAAGGACAAGGUGAGCUAGUCCUUCACAAUAGUUUCGGAAGGACGGCAAUUAGGUUGGGUUUUUUUUUUAGUUUCUCAGGCUUCAACUCAGGUAAAAAAAAAAAAAAAUAGUAUUUUUAAUAGAGAUAUUUUUAAAAACAGUGAAUAAUGUUUGCACUUGGAAUUCAGCGUUUACUGGUAUUUUUCGCCUGUAUGUCGUCGUCAGUAAUCCAUGGCCAACAACGAGGUAUGAUUGGGAUUCAGGUUCCUGACUCGGGCUCGGACUUGGUCUAUGUUGACGCAGUUACAAGCAGCACACUAAAGAGUGGCCUGACCACAGUUUUUCUUCCGCUCAUCUACAUUUUUGUGUUCGUUGUUGGUUUGCCCAGCAAUGCCAUGGCAAUUUGGGUCUUUGUCUUCAGAUCAAAGAAGUUCCACCCAGCUGCUAUUUACAUGGCCAACCUUGCCUUGGCUGACUUGCUGUUUGUCAUCUGGACCCCACUAAAGAUUGCCUACCACUUCAAUGGCAAUGACUGGCCUUUCGGAGAAGAGAUGUGUAAAGUCCUAGUGGGCUUCUUCUAUGGAAACAUGUACUGUUCUAUCCUGUUCAUUGCAUGUUUGAGUGUACAGAGAUACUGGGUGGUGGCUCAUCCACUCACCAAGCAGAGGACAAACAAUAGACUGGCUAUUGUUGUAUCAGUAAGCAUCUGGGCUUUUAUUUGGAUCAGUACCACACCACUCUUCUUGUACCAGCAGACGGCCAAACUCUCUGGGCUUAAUAUAACCACUUGCCAUGAUGUCAACAUUAUCACACCGGAAAACUCUAAGAGCGGCAACGUCUUUCAGGAUGUGCAGAAGCCAUACUAUUACUUCAUGGUGAUGGCAGGGUUAGCAUUCUUCAUACCAUGUGUGGUUAUCAUCACAGCUUAUGUUCUGAUGUUACGCAAACUGGGACAAUCCACCAUGGAGGGAAGCAGUGCUAGCAAGAACCGUCACCGUGCCACAACUCUCAUCAUUACAGUUCUUGUUACAUUCCUGAUCUGUUUUAUCCCUAGCAAUGUGAUGCUAGUGGUGCAUUAUGCUCUAUUGGCGAAAGGAAUUGCUAACAAUGGAUAUGGUGUCUACAUCACUGCCUUGUGCUUAACCAGCCUCAACAGCUGCCUGGAUCCCUUUCUGUACUAUUAUGUGUCAGAAGAGUUCCGGUCACAUGUGAAGAACACGCUCCUGUGUCGAAGCAGCCGGACUGUGGAGAGGAUGAGAGUCUCCUUUAGUUCCUUGAAAUAUUCUAAGAAGACAAACACUUACACAUCUAGCUCAGGCCAUACAGAUACCAGUACAAUCUAAGACCUUCAAUGUACAUUUGAAAAGAGACUGGACCAUUAUUUAUCCUUACUGUGAAAUAUUAUUUUAUUAGAGGUUCAUUAGAUUAGACGUUCUCAGGUAGCAAAAAUCCACAAAGCUGGAUUUUUCCACGAAGUAGGAGACAAGCUAUGAUUUUGUUUUAUUCUGUGUAUAAAAGAAAGGGUAUGCGUAUGUGCGUGCAUGUGUAGUUUAAAUACUGGAAAUGUUACUCAGUGUCAAAAACAAGCACCAGGUUACAGAAUGAAACUUGAGACAAAAAUCUCUCUGUAGUCAGUCAAGUUUGGGGGACUUUUUUUUUUUUUUUAAUCAAAAUGUAAAGUUUGAGUGUCUAAUAGACUGAAUCAGUCAUUUGACUUUGCUUUGUUCUGUUGUGCCAUAAUGGUUUUAUUUUUGUUUUUUUUUAGUUGUCCACUGCUGACCAACCUCAGAUUUUAUUGUUGUUUUAUCAUCUGUGUGUUGUGACAGAGGCUCACAAAGAACCAUUUUUAAAUUAAAAUAGUUUUUUUACAUUAAGUUGGCCCCCCAUGAUAGUGAGUGACCUGUCCAGAGUGUGCCUGAAGUCAGCUAGGACUGGCUGCGGCUCACCCAUAACCCUUAGAUAAGUGGUAUAGAUGAUGGAUGGAUACAACCACAGGGAGGAUAUACAAAGUGUGUGUGUGUGUAUGACCUGUGUUGUGAAAUGUAUCUUGGUAAAAUUACUUAUUUCUUCAUUAAAAUCCUUGUCAUAUAUAAAAGGAAAUCACAAGUAUCAUGGGUUUUUUGUUGUUUUGGGGGGGUUUUUUUUGGUUGAUUUGGAAGCAAUGGACUUCACCCCCCUUUUUUGCUUAAUAAAUAUAUGACCGCAUUCACUCAUUAUUUGAUUCUUCUUUAAGUCUUCAAAUCAUUUUCGGCAGAUCCCUGAGUGGACCAGAAUUCAGUUUGAAUUUGUAAAGGGACAACUCUACUGCGAUAAUAUCAGUCCCAGCACAUUUUGUGUAUGAGGCAAGCUUUACCUCUUAUCUCAAAUACAUCUAUUCUGGGCCCUGUUUAAAACAGGCCAGGCUGGUUCUUAGUAUAAGUAACAUAUAUAUAUAUACCUAUUUAAGUUGCCAUCUCACAAAGUCUUACCAGAAUAUCUGAAUGCCUUUAUUAAAUGUAGAGCUGCCGCUUUACUUCCUGGCUCCCAUAAAAUGUAUUGGUACACUAGCAGUGUUUGAGCCUGAACACAGACAAGGCCUGGACCCUACAGAGACACAUGCUUUAAAAAAAAGUGCAGUUCAAUUAUGUUAAAUUACAUGCUAACACUGGUAAAUCUUCUCAGUGUCCAUAUUAGAUUUUGAACUAUCAGACAUGUAUGCACAUGAAUAUUUGCUCUACUUUGUGUCUGCUUUCACAGAGGAAUAGUGGUGAUUUAUCCAGAACUAUCAUUCUGGAUUAUCUAACGACCAAUCAUAACGUGUGUGUGUGUGUGUGUGUGUGUGUGUUUGCACACAGUUAAAGGAUAACCAUACUACUCAAUAUCACAGUUCAUGAUCUUACUUUGGACUUUGUGUUUUACAACAAUGACAGCUCAACAGCAGUCCCAAUACCUAUGUUCCAAUAGUAUUUUUCUAUGAUUUUUUUAUAUGAUAUAUGUAGAUGUUAAAAUGUAGAUCUUCAUGUUUUAAAAUCUUUGAAGCAUUUUGCAAGCAGCAUAGUACUUGGAAAUAAUGUUUGUGAUAGCUACAGUAUAUUGGCAUAAUAAUAAUAUAUUGGUAUGACUAUGAACUUGUUUUGUAUCUGUUGAAAUGCUCAGAAGUCCAGUUCCUUUUCUUAUACGGUCCUCAGAAAGGGGUAAAAGUGUAAAAUGUCUAAACAUGAGUGAUAUUAGGGGCUGACAGACCCUAUUUAAAUAAACAUAGACUGAAAGUUACAGUCUGUGCUUAAACUA